AUUUCUUGAGUUUUGAUAACGUAGGAAUUCGAUGACGAAUUUGACAACUAGUUAUUUUUUCAAUUAUUUUCUUCAUCAAAAUGGCCUAAAUAGAUUGCUUUUUCAAUGGAUUACGUCAUCUGAAGGAAUUAAUCAUCAGUUCUCUUAUCUUUGGUGAAGUAAAACAUCGUACUUGCCACAAUGGACAUGGAUAAAAUCUACCACCGUAUCGAUGAUUUCAUCGGCGACGAUCGCAAACAGAUCUCAAAAUGCGUCGAAUUCUACAAAAUACUAUCCAAGGAAAAAGAAGAACUCGAAUCCAAGUUGAACUCGAUUAAAACCGAAGUACCAGCUAAAAUAACGAAUUCGUUGGCUGAAAUCGACGACGUACGCGAGAACAUCUCGUAUUUUAUCAACGAGUUGGAAAAUUCACUAGAGAUAUACGAUGCCGGAGAAGUUGAGAAUGCCUUCAAGAAGCUACAGGUGUUUGCAUCGAAGAAACAAGAGUAUAGUAAAUGUUUGCAGUAUUUCAAAACGCUCAGAUUCAUCGAAACUACCUCCAACGAGAUGAAGAAAUCGUAUUCCGAAGCAAAUUGGAGUAAAUGUGUUACGUUAUAUGGUCAAUUGUACGCUUUAGUUCGAGCCAUAUCGAGUUCGGAAUGUGUUCAUUUAUUAGCUUACUUGAAAGAAAUGGUGACUUAUUGGCAUAAGUUAAUCAGACAGAAACUCACUAUUGAAUACGAACAAUUGUUGAAAUCUAUGAAUUGGCCGUUCGUUAUUCGAAACAAAUCACUACCGAGUUACCCUAGCGAAGAUCUGAAAUCCAAGUUUCAACAACUGACUAGAUUUCUUUUAGAAUCCGAGUUACCAGAAGAAAUGAGACCGAAACCAACUGUCACGUCUUCGUUACUGAUCGAUUUCCCAACUCCAUCGAUGCCAGUUUCGCUUCUACUGGAACCGUUACGUAAACGAUUUCUGUUCCAUUUCUGCGGCAAUAAAGAAACCAACCGGCCAGACAAACCGGAAUGGAUGUUUUCACAAAUACUCACGUGGAUUAAAGAUCACGAGAUAUUUUUCAUGGAAUGGGUGCAACCGGUUUACCGAGGAUUCACUAACUCUGUCAAGGUGGAAUUUACCAAUGGUUUGAUUAAACUGGUCACUGAGAAGUUGCAUUCGGAUAUGAUGCAUUUGCAAUACGACGACGCUUUGUUUACACACACGUUAGACGAAACUUUAGGAUUUCAUCGAGAGUUGACUGAAAAUUACAGCUAUCCUGUGUCCAGAGCUUCUGUAUUAUCGGUGUUAACUCAGGCUCAAGUUUUUGUAAAAUGGAUCAAUAUGGAACGUAAAUGUGCUGAAAAAAGAAUGGACGAUAUGUUGAACAGUCCAACAGCUUGGACGAUCGUUACCGAAGAUGAAAAUUGUAAAGUGACCGAAUGUGCUGAUAAAUUUGUGAUUCUUUUGAGCACGAUUACAGAUCGGUAUUCUCCUCUGCCUCAACCUGGCCACAGGAUGCAGUUUCUGGAUCUACAACUUGACCUAAUUGAUGAGUUUCGCUUACGUUUGGUUCAAUUGAAACGUGACGAUUAUACAGACGUAUUGAGCUCCGACUUGCCAGCUAUUUUAAACACGAUACAUUAUUUGAGCUCUGUGCUUAUGGAAUGGAGUACGAAUACUCAUUUUAUUCUAUUGCAUCAUUUCAAAAUGCAAACCACUGCCGAUGAAGAUUUAAUCGAUGCUUCAGUAUUCACUGAAAUUCUCGCUUUAAUGAAUCACUUCGGCGAAGAACUAAUCAGAGAGAUCUGUACGUCGGUUACUUUAGAAGUUAGUGCUAGAAGUCGACCUUAUAGAAAGGAUAGAUGGAAUAUUAUGCCGAUUAUGAAUCCGGAUACCGAACUUAGUCUUACCAUAUCGGGCUGUGCUAUGUUUCAAACACUUACCGGUAAAUUACACCAGAUGGGAAAUGUCAUCGCUCCGGCUAUAUUUAAAAAAUGUUGGCGUUUUGUUGCUUCGCAGCUGUGCAAAUUGAUCAUCGAUGACGUCAUAUUGGUAAACAUGUUCAACAAAGGAGGUGCCCAACAACUACGAUUCGAUGUGAAACGCAACAUAUUACCUCUAUUUGCUCAACUCACCCCCAAACCGGAAGCCUACUUUAAACCUUUGAUCGAAGCUUGCGAUUUAUUAUGUGCCGAAUCAGACGUAACCGAACACAAUAUACCUUUUGAUGUAUUCGCUUUGAGUCCAUCUCAAGUUAGAGCGAUUCUUGAUCGCAAAUUGGACCGUAAAUUGGUUUCAUCCAUGGAUUAAACUGGGACUUGUGCUGUGGGCUCGUUCACUGGGUUAUAAUUAUGGUAUAGAUAUGUACCCGUCAUUAAAGACGAUAUUGUCUGGAGCUGUGUUCAUUUCCAAAGCUAUGAGCUUCUCAGCAGCUAAAGGGUGCCAUACGCCAUACGUACAUAAAGCGUCCGUCUUUGGAGAAUAAUAAUGACAUCUUUGAACCGCACGUUGAGUCGGUACAUAUUCUAUUACGUUGAUUGUGGCGCAAUAUGGGAGCAAUAAAGCGAUACCUGGAAGCAGACAGGACUUCGUGAUUAAUCGGGUGCCCAUAAAAUCGUCUUCCAUCGAGGAGAAUACAAAUCAUUCUAUCAUUAUGGGAAUCAGGAAUCAAUUUUGUUGAUAUUUUGAAUAUAAUUAUUUAUUAUAA